AUGGUGGAGAAGGCAUGGGUACAUUUUAGCAGAGCGGAUCCUGCUUAUGAAAGUGGGGCUCGACAUUUUGUACGAUCUGUGGCUGCUGCAUUAGGAGACUGCAGUGAUCUGAUGAUAUGUCCGUGUAUUGAUUGUCGAAAUAUAGUUCAUCAAUCAGGUAGAGUUGUAGUAGAGCAUCUUGUCACAAGGGGAAUGGAUGAGGCUUAUAAGAUUUCUAGGUAUUGGUAUCAUCAUGGGGAAGUGAUUUCAGAGUCUGAAAGUGAAACCAACUUCAAUCAUCAAUGGAAUGAUGAGAUUUUUGGAUUGUAUAGAGCUGUUGAGUAUUUCGAAGAAGAGUAUGAUAUUAAGGAUUACUUAUGUGAGGAUGACAAUGGUGAAGAUAAGAGGGAAGAUGACUUCUAUGCGAAGCUAGCAGAUGCUGCAACUCCUUUAUACCCAAACUGUGUAACCGAUAGCAAGCUGUCAGCCAUUGUCAAACUGUUUAGAUUGAAUACCCAAAAUGGCUGGUCCGACAAGAGCUUUAAUGAUCUGCUAGAGACAUUAAAGGAGAUGUUGCCCAAGGAUAAUGUGCUUCACACCUCAUUAAAGAAGUACAAGACCUUAGAUAGUUGUCCCAAAUGCAAGGCUUCAAGGUGGAAGACUAAUACCCAAACUGGUGAGGUAAAGAUAGGUGUUCCAGAAAAAGUACUACGGUAUUCUCCGAUAAUUCCCCGGUUGAAAAGGAUGUUCAGGUCUGAGGAGAUGGCUAAAGAAUUAAGAUGGCAUUUCACUAACAAGAGCAGUGAUGGAAAACUGCGUCACCCGGUAGAUUCUGCGACUUGGGAUCAAAUGAACCACAAAUACCCAUCCUUUGCAGCAGAAGAGAGGAAUCUGAGGCUUGGACUUUCCACUGAUGGAUUCAAUCUGUUUGACAUGAAGAAUAAUACUUAUAGUUGCUGGCCUGUGCUGUUGGUAAAUUAUAAUUUUCCUCCUAACCUAUGCAUGAAGGAGGAUAAUAUCUUACUCACAUUGCUUAUCCCUGGUCCACAUCAGCCUGGUAAUAGUAUUGAUGUUUAUUUAGAGCCCCUCAUAGAGGAUCUAAACCAUCUGUGGAACAAUGGAGAGUUAGCAUAUGACGCUUACAGUAAAACUAGUUUUACUCUUAAGGCGAUGCUUCUCUGGACUAUUAGUGACUUUCCUGCCUUUGGAAAUCUAGCAGGCUGCAAAGUAAAGGGCAAAAUGGGCUGUCCUUUAUGUGGGAAAAACACUGAUAGUAUGUGGUUAAAGUUUAGCAGAAAACAUGUGUAUAUGUGCCAUAGAAAGGGUUUGCCACCAACUCACAGUUACCGGGGAAAAAAGGCUUGGUUUGAUGGAAAGGUUGAAUAUGGGAAAAAUGGAAGAAUAUUAAGUGGUCAUGAGAUUUAUAAAACCCUUAAGAAUUUCAAAAUGGAUUUUGGAAAUCUGAAGGAAUCUGCAAAGAAAAAGGAAGGAGAUUACUCGCUUAUAAUCUGA